CAUGCCUUGGGCAGCUGCCUGUGGCGGAAGGUCCUAGCGUCUCCAGAUCUUGUUCCUAUAUCUCUUUCUCAAAGGGCCGAAGUGAAUCACAUUAACCAUCAUGUGAUUGCAUGCUGCCUCCAAAGGCUUAGCUACAGAGAGCCUUCCCCCGCCCCCUGCCUCUUUCUUCCUUUACCCUCCCUUUACUGGCUUGGCCCCAAUGCCAGUGGCUCUUUAAAAACUUUGUCCAUCACUUGAUGGUCCUGUGGAUUACAGCCUCUCCCUGGCUUGGUGCUUUCUGGAGUGCCUUAUAAAAUCAAGUGUUAUUUCACUUUGUUUCCAGACGCUUUCUUCUCUCUUCCUCCUGAGACAGUUCCAUUCAUGGGUCACUGAAAUGAGCAAACACACCACAGCCAAGCCUCUUCACUUCUUUUUGUCUGGACAUAAGAGACAGCAGGUUACAUUUCCCAAAUGGAUGACAAACCCUGCCACAGGAAGAUGACUGGGCAACUCACCUUCCCUCUGAUGGCAGUUACACUCCUCUCAUCCUUUGGAUCUUCCAUGCUAUAUGGAUACAAUCUGGCUGUGGUAAACUCUCCAGCCACGCACAUCAAAGCCUUCUACAAUGCCACAUGGUCCAAGCGAUAUGGACAGGGCCUGACCCAGGGCACACUCACCCUCAUGUACUCCCUAACUGUCUCAGUCUUUGCUCUGGGAGGCCUAGUGGGGUCCUUUCCUGUUGGAAUGCUGGUCACUCGAUAUGGCAGGAAUGGGACCUUGAUACGUAGCAGCUUCCUUGUCUUCCUAGCUGGUAUACUAAUGGGGUUCAGUCGAUACAUGGAAUCACCUGAGAUGGUCAUCAUUGGGCGUUUCAUUACUGGAGUCCACUCUGGGAUCUGUCUCAGUGUGGUGCCCAUGUACCUGGGAGAAAUUGCCCCUAAGAAUCUGCGUGGCUUCCUGGGCCUUGUACCGAGCAUCUUCAUCUGCUUAGGGGUCUUCUCUGCACAAGUCCUGGGCCUUCCAGAGCUGCUUGGGGAGGAUGCUUACUGGCCUCUCUUCCUCUCAGUGGUGGUUAUUCCAGCCUUCCUGCAGCUCUUGCUGCUGCAUUGGUUCUCAGAGAGUCCCCGCUACCUACUUAUUGAGAAGGACAAUGUCCGUGGAGCUACUGAAGCCCUGCGCUGGUUCCUUGGCAAAAUUGAUGUGGAGGAUGUGAUUGAAGAGAUGCGGGAAGAACAGCGCUCGCUUGCCUCUGUGAAGACUGUGUCUGUGUGGCAUCUCCUGACAGACCGUUCUGUGCGAUGGCAGGUGCUCUCUGUUGCAGUGAUCAACAUGGGCAUGCAGCUUUCAGGAAUUGAUGCUAUCUGGUUUUACACAAAUGUCAUUUUUGAGAAUGCUGGCAUCCCUGAUCCAGAGAUUCCCUAUACCACAGUGGGCACCGGAGCCAUUGAGGUUGUUGCUGGCUUGAUAGGUUGUUUCACUAUUGAGAAGUUGGGGCGCCGGCCUCUCAUCAUCACUGGAUUUUUCUUCAUGGGCAUCUGCUGCUCAGGCAUUACCAUGUCCUUGGUACUGCAGGCUACAGUGUCCUGGAUGCAUUAUGUCAGUGUGGCAUGUGUCAUUGGGAUCAUAGCAGGAUUCUGUAUGGGACCAGCUGGGGUCCCCUUUUUGAUGACGGCUGAACUCUUCAAGCAAUCCCACCGCCCAUCUGCCUACAUUGUGGGUGGGUCCCUCAACUGGCUCUCAAACUUCACCAUUGGGUUUGUGUUUCCCUUCCUGCAGAUGUCAACUGGUGCCUUCUGCUAUCUGGUCUUCUGUGGCAUCUGCAUUCUGGUUGCUUUGUAUGUUUAUUUAAUUAUCCCAGAAACGAAAAACAAGACAUUUAUGGAAAUCAGCCACAUCUUUGCCUCUCGCCACUCCUUCUUCUCCUGCUUGCCAGACUCUGUCAAGAUGGUCAAGUUCAAUGGCUAUGGUGCCCUGGAGAACAGCUCCCUGGAGUUCUCUGGUUCUGAAUCCAACCCAGCAUGAUGGUCUCCCAUUUGCACUUUUGGAAAAUGACUGUCCUUCCUGUUGUGAAGCCCUAGU